UACCUGAAUGCGGCAUACGUUUCUCAGCCGGUGUUUUCAUAUUGUACGCCCCUCUGCUGUUGUACGGCUGUUUCCAUGCUUCAUAGACGACAAACGUAGCGUACAGGGGGGACAUGACUCUGACCAGAGGAUCUUUCACCUAUGCCAGUGGGGAAGAGUAUCAUGGCGAGUGGAAAGAAGGUCGGAGGCAUGGAGUUGGCCAGCUGAAGUUUCAAGAUGGAACCUGCUUCUCUGGCCAGUUUGAGAAUGGACUCUUUCAUGGCUCUGGUGUACUGCUCUUUACAGAUGGAUCCAGGUAUGAAGGAGAAUUUGCACAUGGAAAGUUUCAAGGCACGGGAGUCUUUAGUCGAUGCGAUGGCAUGAAGUUUGAAGGAGAAUUUAAAGAUGGACGUGUUGAGGGAUAUGGGCUAUUGACCUUCCCAGACGGAGCUCAUGGUGUCCCACGAAACGAGGGUUUGUUUCAGAACCACAAGCUGCAGAAGAGGGAGAAGUGUCCAGGAGUGGUGCAGCGUGCACAGGCCUCAGCCUCCAAUGCUCGCAUUCUGACACUUUGACCUUCAUGGACCCUGGAGGACACACGGUCAGGGUUCCAGCACCUUCCUGUGUCCUCUCUUUUUUCACCAUCCUCCUUGCUUAGCCUUCACAGUGGCUUGGAAUGCACAUGCAAUUUGACCAAAUAAUGGCUUUCUUUCUGACUGACUUGAAAUUUACAACACCAUUAAGCACACCUUUAACUCCACAAUUCAUGCACACACCAAAUGCUGCUGUUUUCCCCUUGUACUUAUUCUUGCACCCAUAAACAGUGUCUUAGCAUUUUCUCUAGAAUAGUUAGCUACGAUAUAAAACAACUCCAAUUGUAGAUUUGAUACUUUAAAAAGGUUUUUUUUCUCCUGCAUUUGGAGUAGUUAAAAAGGUACUCUGUAUGUUAAAGACUUUAGCUACUAAUUAGACCAAUUUAUCUUUUUAAAAGUGUGUUAACCAUUACAAGAGAGUUAUAAUGUCCUAUGUGGAGACUUGGCCUCUGGUACAGCAAGCAAGCACAAAUGGAUCUAAACAAUGCACAGUUUUAAAAAAGAAAAUAAGUUGGCUUUACACCAUAGCUUUACACAUUUUGUUAAAAUUAAAGAUACACAUUGUACAUUUUUGUGAAUGUACUCCACAGGGCACCUCGUCUCCAUUAACAGUGCUGCUUCAAACUCUAGCUUUGCAUGUAUGUGUCAUCGCUGGUGCGUCUCCUUUUAGAAUAUCAGUAUUCACGUUUGCCUUAAAGACAUUCUGGUACGAGAUUGUAGUUCCUGGAUGUCCAUCUGAAAAUACGAUGACUCACAGUUCCCUUCCCUUCUCCUCUGCAUCAUUCACCCUAAGGUGUCUGUCAUCUUAAUGAAUUUGAGGCCUGUUUAAAGAUUGCCUUCACUCUGAGGGACAUAUUGUUAAGCUGGUACUGAGUCUUCGCUACCAUUACUCACAAGUCUAGCAGCUCUCCUCUCUACAAUAAACCUCCUCUCCCAGUGGAAAUCAUGGGACUCUGCUGGUUACUUCUCUCAUGUUUUCCCCUGUAUUAACUAAAGACUUGGAUGACUGGACAUCCUCAAAGUUGUUAAAUAAUCCUAAUUAAAUGCAUUGAAUUGGGGACAUUUAUUUUAAUUAAGGCAGCUGAAUGAAAUAAUUUCUAAACCAGAUGUAUAUAUUAGAAUAUGUAAUUAUGUAUGUGUUUUUAUGUGUGACGUAUACAUAUUCAUUGUCAUCAGUUGUGUUUUUUCUGACCUUAAGGAACUAGGUGUUUCAUUUGUCACGUAGGAAAAAGUGUUACUGAGUUAGCUGAGACCGUGUGGUUGAGUAUUUUGAAAACAUUUAUAAACCAUUAUAGCCAGCUAUUGUGUGAUUACAGAUUAAUUCUGUGUUUGGUUACAGCAAAAGCUUCUACAUUUGCCUACAUAGACAUUUAACCAAAGACAAUCAAAUGGUAUUACAGGUAACGAAGCCUGGAACAGCCAACAGGAGUUACAUGUGUGUUGUCUCACUGCUUAACGAUAGAAACAAAUCAAUAAGGACAAACCCACCUGGGGCUUUAGUUCGCAUUAAAAACAAGAGGACCGAAGAUUAAACAGGGAAUUGUUAUGAGAUUCUGUUUCUAGCCUGGAUUAUUGCUGAUUUCGAUUGUUGUUUUUUAAAUUUAUUUAUAUUGUUGUUGAGGAAAAAAAUCAAUACUCUGUCAUGAACCCACACUGCUAGUUGCUUUCAAUCCCUUCUUUGGUAUGACAGUGCUGCAAGGUGCAAUCAGAAGUAUUGAAGAUAACAUUAGACAUAGAAACAGACCAUUGCAUGCCUCAGUACCGUCCUCUACGAUCACACAAUGAUGCUUUAAUGCCUGUAUGUGCAAAGUGUGUAAUGUCUUGUAUUUCAGAUCAUGUUAUGGUAUUUUUCCUUUCUUCUAUUUCGGCGAUGGCGCUAACUCAAGCCUUCUCUACCUACACAUGUCUGCCUGAGUGGAAUUGAACUAACAAAAAUCCACAUUUUCCAACUGGAAACAAAUGGUGCUUGAAAAGCGUGCCUUUUCCAGACUUUCAUCUUUCUAUGAAAUAUCAUUGCUGGGAUUACUUUUUUCAGUAACAAUAUAAUGUUGCUCUUAGUGCUCUUAGAUCAAACUACUGCACAGUAUCCCCUCAUUCUCCUUGAAUAGGUCUGAAAAUGUAUUGGAAAGGCGAUAAUGUGUUUAAUAAAGC